AAGGUCGGGCGACCGGGUUCUUCAAAUCCCCAACCCACACACAGCAUCAGCUUCCGUCUCACCUGCAAAUUACGCAAUGUCAUCCUCUCUAUCUUCUCUUUCCUCUAUACUGCACCAUCCUCACUGCGCCUUCCGUAUUAGAAUCCCUGGACGAUGUUCCCUUCUCAAGUUUCCUUCAAAGAAUCCCCAUUCCACCUCCUACCGCUUCUGUCUUCGUGCGCAGCAGCAGCAGCGUCCUCUCAGCCGGACCUUUUCUGUGGAAUCCUUCAGAAGCUUCUCUCAUCUCCACCGCUUUCAAUCGGACAAUCCAGAAAUCAAAACCCUCCACCAUUUCAUUGCCCAAGCUGCCACUCUCACUGCUACUUCUGAAGUAGAGCCCGACGUGCCGUCACCUUCUGAAGUUCCAUCCAGAGGACGUAUUUAUCAUGAAACUUUUGGUUGCCAAAUGAAUGUUAAUGACAUGGAGAUCGUCUUAUCUAUCAUGAAAAAAGACGGUUACAAUGAAAUUGUGCAGGUUCCAGAAAGUGCAGAGAUCAUUUUUAUCAAUACUUGUGCUAUAAGAGAUAAUGCGGAACAAAAGGUAUGGCAGAGGCUGAAUUACUUUUGGUUUUUAAAGAGACAAUGGAAAAGCAAUGUUGCAACAGGAAGAUCACAAUCUGUCCAUCCUCCAAAAGUAGUUGUAAUGGGCUGCAUGGCUGAAAGGUUAAAGGAAAAGAUAUUGGAUUCAGACAAGAUGGUAGAUGUUGUAUGUGGUCCUGAUGCUUAUCGAGACUUGCCCCGAUUGUUAGAAGAGGUAGACUAUGGUCAAAAGGGGAUAAACACGUUACUUUCCCUAGAAGAAACAUAUGCCGACAUCACUCCUGUCCGUAUUUCCAAAAACUCAACCACGGCUUUUGUCUCGGUUAUGAGAGGUUGCAAUAACAUGUGUUCAUUUUGCAUUGUCCCCUUCACUAGAGGUCGAGAGCGGUCGCGACCUGUUGAAUCUAUUGUUAAGGAAGUGGGAGAGCUUUGUAAAGAGGGGGUGAAAGAGGUAACACUUCUCGGUCAGAACGUGAAUAGCUAUAAUGAUAUUUCCAAUAUUGAACUCGGUGAAAGUUGGAAGUAUAGUGAUGGUUUUUCCAGUACUUGCAAAGUGAAAAAUGUUGGUUUGCGAUUUGCUGAUCUCUUGGACCGUUUAGCUUCCGAGUAUCCUGAAAUGCGAUUCAGGUAUACUUCCCCACACCCGAAAGAUUUUCCAGAUGAGUUGCUUUAUGUAAUGCGAGACAGGUACAAUAUCUGCAAAAGUAUCCACUUGCCAGCUCAAUCAGGGAACAGUUUGGUUCUUGAGAGGAUGCGUCGCGGAUAUACUCGAGAAGCAUAUUUAGAUCUUGUGCAAAAGAUCCGCUCCAUUAUUCCAGAUAUGGGGAUAAGCAGUGAUUUCAUAUGUGGUUUCUGUGGAGAAACGGAGGAGCAACAUGAAGACACAAUAAGCCUGGUAAAGGAGGUUAGUUAUGACAUGGCAUACAUGUUUGCUUACAGCAUGAGAGAAAAAACCCACGCCAACAGAAAUUAUGAAGAUGAUGUGCCUGAUGAUGUAAAGCAGAGGCGACUGAGUCAUCUCAUCGAGGCUUUCCGUGAGAGCACAGGUCAAUGUUUCGAAUCCCAAAUUGGAACCGUUCAGCUUGUGUUGGUUGAAGGCCCCAAUAAGAGAGCUCCCGAUACAGCAUUGAUUGGGAAGAGUGAUAGGGGCCAUAGAGUUUCCUUCUCCAUUCAUCCCAUCCCAGAUCGGGAUCAUGUUGAUGGGGAACGUAUUCCCAAAGUUGGGGACUUUGUUGAAGUCCAUAUUGUGAGAUCAACUAAAGCUUCACUUUAUGGUGAUGCUCUUGCUAUUACAAAGUUGAGCACUUUUCACAACAACAAUAAUAUACAUGAUCAAGAAGAUGCAUGUAGCGCUGCCAGUUGUUGAAAAUUGUCCCACUUAUUUAAGGUAUGUUCUUUAUAGUUUUAGUAGAUGGUUUUUUACUUCUUGGGUUAUUGUAGGCUGGUUUUGAAUAGAAAUGGGCAGAUCAAUCUUGAACCUUUGAAGAGAAUACUUAAAACUGUGUAUUAUAUUUAUUUAUACCUUUCUUUAUUCAAUGAAUGCUAGAAGUGUAAAUGUUCUAAAACUUUUAAACUUUUUUUAUUUACAUGUAUACUCUUGCUAGCUUAA